AUGGCCACCAAAGAAAGACUCCUCCGCAUCACCCUCAUGCAAUACAAGAAUCCCAACCUCACCGACGCCCAAUUCCAAAAACACUGGACCGAGCACCACGCACCGCUGGCGUCGGGCUGGCUCGCCCGCAACGGCAUCAUCGGCUACGCUCAGUAUCACACUCCCCCGGAAAUCCGCAACCAAGCAACCUCCCUUGCCGAAACAGUCGGCGCCGUCGUCGCCCCUUUCGACGCCUACAUCGAGUUCAUGGUGCGCAGCGUCGAGGAUCUCUGGAAGGCUACCCAGGACCCGGAGUACCCCGUCAGGAUGCAGCCGGACGAGGCGUACAUGUUUGCGGAGGGCAAGAUGCAGGUUACGGUGGGCUGGGUGGAGGUGUAUGUGCGAGAUGGGGAGGUUGUCAAUAUCGUGGAUGGAAAGUCGGCUUUUGCCCAGUGA